AUCAAGUUGGACAUCGCAGCAAUCGAUUCACAUUGGUGAUCGCAACUGCAAUUAGGCACGGAACGCUAAGGCAAAGGUUGCGCAACGCCUUGUGCACUAGGCGACGAAGCGCAUGCGCAAGACCAUGCAGUGCUCAGACACCACUAUGCCCACUGGACGCAUGAGAUGUGUCUCGCUAAGUGUUGCGCUCUGGGAGCCAUCAGCGGCUCCGACAGCGCUUGGGUCUGCCCGCUGCGUCAUGCUAUGCAAGAGGCUCUGGCCGUACAGCUGUGAUGACCAAAUGCAUCUUGCUGCGCGCUGUCGGAUUAAAGUUGGCGUCACACGUGCACGUGCAGCUCUGCCGCGUGGUGAUUACUCUCGAUAAUCAUACCGGCGAGCAACGCGUGCGCAACGGAUUUUGCUCCUGGUCGACUCUGGAACGCGCUCCCUGCACGCAGGUCUGAUGAAGAAU